AUGACGCCGCCUACAUCACGACUAAGACAAGGCCAGCUCGGGAGCAGGAAAUCUCAUGAUGGAUGUAUCACCUGCAAAAUCAGAAAAAUAAAGUGCGGCCAGGAGCGGCCCGCCUGCAAGAGAUGCUUGACUACCGGGAGAAAAUGCGAUGGCUAUCUUCACUCUGGCACGAAGUUGACCUGGGAGACCUGGUCACCAGGCGCAAAUCGUGCAGUGGUGCAAGUUAAAAGACCCCAAAUGUAUGUAGGGUCUGAGAGAAUCGAGGUUCAAUCUUUCGAAUUCUUCGUGCGGCGAGUCGUGCCUGAUUGUUCCCGGACUGUGGACGAACACUUCUGGAGCCAGCUUCUUCCUCAGCUCAGUCACUCAGACCCGGUAAUCUGGGACGCCGUCAUUUCUCUAUCGUCUCUGAUCCAGCACUUUCAGUCAUCCAACACAUGUACAGUGGCAAGCAACGUCGCAAAUGCAGAACAUCAAAGGGCUUUGACGUGGUACGGCAAGUCAAUUGCUCGUCUACGGUCACUACUGAAAGGAGCCACGCAUCAAUCAACAACCGCUAUCAUAUCGUGUAUCCUCUACAUUUGUAUAGAGUGCCUGCAAAACAACUCUUCCGGGGCAAUAGCACUCUAUCAACGAGCAGUCGCCAUGUUGGAAACGGCAGCAGAACCCAACCAUUCGAGUUGUGCGCCAACACAGUCAGAGAGCUCAAUCCAUAGUACAGUCCGUGACCUGUUACAAAAUAUGUCUGCAUCGCAAAGACUACCAUUGGACCGGCAAAGGGCUUUUGGUCGUAUGGUGUUUGAGACGUUGGCGGAUGCUCGAGACGGACUUUACGUCUUACUCUUUGCCGCCCACGAUUUUAUUGUCGACACGAGGGAAAUCAGAAUCAACAAACCAAAAGACUGGACGCCCUCCUCGGAUCUGGUUACCCGACAGGAACGACUUCGAACGGACUUUCUCAAGUGGCACACGGCUUUUGAAGAGAGAAUCCGGUGUCCCAGCAGACCACCUCUCCAACACGAAGUAGAGCCUUAUUCGCUGCUCCACGUGGUGUACGGCUAUUAUUUCAUCUUGGUGUGCACGGGGUUGAGCAUGUAUGAAACGGAUUUUGACAAAUUUUUCCCCAUCUUCCAGACCAUGGUCGACCACGCCAGUCGCAUCGUCACUCCCCGGGUCGACGAGCUGCGGCCCGUUUUCAUGUUUGAGACUCGAGUCAUCCCUUCGCUGUUUGCAGUCGGAGUCAAGUGUCGACACCCGGUCAUUCGGCGACAGGCAAUCGCGUUGCUUCGAAAUGGGACUCGUGUGGAAAAUACUUGGAGAGCCGACGCAAUGGCCGACAUUGCCGAAUGGUCGGUCGGGAUCGAGGAAUCAGGCAGUAUUCACGGGGUCUUCUGUCCAGAACCUCCGGAUAUCGAGCUCCCGCCCGAGAAUCAUCGAGUGCAUUGGAGUCAGGUCAUUGAGCUUCCAGACUCUGACGGACGGGCGUCAAAGUUCCACCAGGUCCAAAAAUGGGAGCAAGACGAGCACCAUGUCUGGUCGUUGGUCGACCACUUGGUGAGGGUGUGA